AUGCCUUACGCCUCGCAAAUCACGCGCUUCAUUUGGCCUCAGUACAAGCUGCACUUGCAUGUGGUCCAGAUCUUGUUGACCACUGUCAUCAUGAUUUUAGCCAUCAUCAAGCUAGCAACGCUCACCCGGACCGCCCCAAGAACGAGGUCCAACACAAUUGCCCUUGGCAUGGGCGCCAAGUCCCUCGUCAUCAUCUUGUACCAAGUAUGCACCGAGCAUGUGGCGCGCCUGCGAAAGUACCACAGCUACAAGGCCAAUCUUAUACUUAAUUCUUUGGAGAUUGUUUUCUGGGCAGCCGUUGCUUUUUUGACCAUGCAGGCGAAUCUGAAAUCCUGCUCUGGCAUUGGCUGCGGAGUUGGCUGGGCUAUUUUUGUGAUGGCAAUCUUCCAAAGCAUGCUGGCUUCUUAUGCCGCCAUGAUUUCAUUUGUGGAUUAUCGACGGUUUCGCUAUCAGCUCAAGGCAUCCGAUGUCUCGCCAUGA